CGGACCGAUCGCGUCUACGUCGUCGUUCGCAGCGUGUGCGCGUUCCUCGGGAGCGCUAACUGAGAGCGACGCGAGGAGGAACACGCGUGACUUCGCGUUCCCGCCUUCGUCGUCGGUGGUUCGCAUUUCUCCCUCCGAUCGGUCUCUUUCUCUCUCUCUCUCCCUUGGCAGGCGCGGGUGGAGCACGCGACGUUGCGACCGAAAGAGGGAGAGAGAGAAGCGGUCUCGCCAGCUCUCUCGCACGAUCGUGAGAGCCGGAUCGCCGUGACUCAGAGAACGUACCUCUUACUUUUCUCGGCGCAGCCGCCGAGGACUCGCCGCGAGGACGGCGCGCCGGAACUCGGAGCGCGCCUUCGUGAACCGCCUCGUUCCCGGAUAGUUCGAGUUCGGCUCCCGCGGUUUCUCGCGGCGAGUGUCGUCUCGGUGAGGGACGGCCCCUGUGCUGUGACGCUGCUGUGUUUUCGGAGCGUGUGCGCGCUCCUCGAGCGACUCGACAACACAACACUGGAUGGGAGAGACCGCGAGUAAUCAAGUGCGUUCCGCGAGAGCACGAUCGUCGAGCGUGUUAACUUCGUGCACCCCGUGGUACAUGUGUGUGUGUGUCUGUGUGUGUCUCUUCGUGAUCCACGCUAGAUUACGGGCCGCCGGCGCGCACACCUCGCGUUUUUUCUCCCGUGAAUUAUAAUCCCGCUCCCAUAAAUCGUCGUGAGAGUCCCUUCGACCGAGACUCGGACUUCUCUCGCCGCGAUCGUAAAUCUCGACCGGAUUUGCCAACAAUUCCAACCGCCCGUCCUAUCCACCGACGGCGAUUCCGCGAGCGUCGUCUUUCCCAUCGAUUUCUUCUGAGACGACGAAUCCCAUCUCCGCGUCUCUCAAGUUCUCCCGAUCGCGCUCCGACUUCCUUUUGACUCGAUCCUCUCGCCGGAACGGAUCUAUAGAAAGAGAGAUCCGUCCGAAGUGUGCACGCAAGAACGUAUAUAUCAAAUAAAACAUACGCGCACGAAGUAUACACAUAAGAGAUACAAAAGAGAGAGAAAGAGAGUUCUCAAGAGUUCUCGAAAGUUCACGGAGGAAGGUCGACUUCGCCGGAACGAAGUACGCGAAGAGGCGUAAAGUACGAGCGUGGAUAAAACGUGUAUAAAACAGAAGAGAAAAGACCUCCUUCGCGGAAGAGACGACGACUCCGCUGCCGCCAACGCCACGAAGAGGAGGGAGGAUACGACGGUGGAGUCGCGUUCACGGUUCAACGCCUCGCGUCAUCUUCGGGUUGUAUCGGCGCGCGGGGAUAACGCAGCCAGCUGAUAUUCGUCUCGCGGCACGUCGUUACGACGCACGUGCUGUCUCUCUCGCUGCCUUCGACGCCGCGCGAUAGUUCGUCUAUAUUUAGCGCGUGCACGUCGCGCCGUCGAAGGAGAGAAGGAGACGGACGGCUAUCCCGAGGAGACCCAGUCGACCCGGCGAUCUCUCGAAAGGGCCGUCUCUCGCGGGAAACCGAUCCGAUCGUGGGUGGGAGAGAGAGAGACGCGCGGGACGUAAUCAUUGUUAUUACCGCGACCCUGAAGAUCCUAUGCACCCGAUUCAAGCUCUCGCUCUUGGGUUAAUCCGCAGCUCCUCCGAGGGCGAAGGCGUGUCCCUCCUCCGCAUAACGUCGCGGCACACACCUUUGACACCGAGUCGGUAUUCUCGGGACACCCGAUGCGUACACACACGCCGGUCACUGAGUGAACAGCGACGGUGUGACGUAUAGUGCAGUGCGCACCACGUGCGCGCUGAAAUAGCCGAGCGGCGUGUGAUAGCCGGUGGCGAUACUGUUGCCUCGUAUCGAGAUAACGCGGCUAUCGAGGCGGUUGAUAAGAAGCGUGCCGGCCGGUCGAAAAUUCGCGUUCUUUCCUCGCGCGUACAGAGAGAUACAUUGUAGCGUGAUUGCCCGUGCUGGUCGAGUCGCCAACUCGGAUGUAACAUGAACGCGAGCACGACGACGAAGAAGACGUGAGGGGCGCGGCUGCCACAUCGGCGCGAAACUCGGGAAAUGUGAAGAGUCAUGCUGAACGCCGAGAACCCCGAAGAGUCACCGAAGAGGCGGUCCACGUUCUACGUGUCGCUGGACGGCGGCGAGCCGGCGCGUCAGCCGGUCGGCAAACUGACGAAGGGCCAUUCGACGGACGGUGGCUGCAGCGAGAAGUUCGUCUGCAACACCUUCCCCAUCGGCGCCGCCUCCAAGACGCCCGCCAGCGCGCCGAGCGGCGGCGGUGGCUCACUGACGCGCACCUUGAGCAGCAAUGACGGCGUCUCGGCGAGCGCGAGGAGAAGCGCGGACGAGGCGAUGCCGGAGGCGAGAGGCAGCAAGGUGCAAUCCCUGACGAGGAUCUUCGAGGCGUCCAGGUGCGACCGAGGAGCAACAUCCGCCACGCAGGCCGAACAAAGGAAGAAGGUGGAAAGGACGAGGUCCUUCAAGACCAUCGAGCGUUUCCAGAGCCGUUUCGCCGGCAGGAAGGAAUCCAGCAGGAAAGACAGCCGUUUGAACAACACUAUUGCCUGCUUCGAGGUGGAGGACCACGCCGGCAGGAAGAAGUCGGAGAACACGGAGGAGAAAUCGGUCGAGCCGACCUCGAAGUCGGCCGCGCGCGAAUACAGAUUCAGCCAGCAGGAGUCUAAGAGCAAGCAGAACACAACCCUGACGAACCUGCUGAUCCGCAGGACGCACAGCACCAAGUUGGCGAGGAGCAACAGCACGUUAGUGCGAAUCGGUAGACACGCGUCGGUGGACAGCCCCGGCACGGUCGAGAAAACCAACGCCGACAGAUACAAGGACGAGGACACCGCCGAAGAUGCCGCGGUCGCCGACGACGAGUGCGUCGAGUCGCCCGUCUUCGAAGACGCGGACGUCGACGGCGGGAUACAUUCAGACACAUCGUACGAGAAGGCUUGCCGAAGGGGUAGCGCACCCGCCACCCCUGUGCUCGGCGCGCGGCCCCUGGAUGUCACCCCGAACAGGAUCGUCAACUUCUUCUCGAAGAGGUCGUUCCGCUCGAACCCCUUGAAGAGGACGAAGAGCGUAACGAAACUCGAGCGACAGAAGCAACGGGGCGCAGGGCUUCGGGGUUGCAGAUCGCACGAGUCCCUCCUGUGCGGCCAGGCGGUGACCUCGAUGGACCUCGCGGCGGUGACGCCGUUGCAUCCCAGUCUCCUCGGCAGGCCGCACUGCUUCCAGGUCACUCCGAGCACCGGCGGACCCAAGUAUUUCAGCUGCAGAACCGCUCACGAACGGGACCAGUGGUUGCACAGCUUGCGGAAAUCCGUUCAGCCAGACGCGGAGCAGACACGCCGAACGGACAACUCCCUACAGAUCUGGUUGCUGGAAGCGAAGGGCGUACCCGCGAAGAAGCGAUACUUUUGCGAGGUCUGCCUCGACAGCACCUUGUACGCGCGAACAACUGCCAAGCUAAAGGCUGAUCUGUGCUUCUGGGGCGAGCACUUUGACUUCCACCACUUGCCCUCCGUCAACACUAUCCAGGUUAAUUUGUACAGGGAGGCGGAUAGGAAGAAGAAGAGGGACAAAAAUGUUUUAAUCGGUUCCGUCAGUAUACCAGUGCACAACGUGACGUCUCGUUACUUGACGGAGAAAUGGUAUCCCGUGGUAGGCGACAAGGGACCCCUCAAGGAGCCACCCGCACUGAGAGUGAAGUGCCGCUUCCAGUCAGUUGACAUACUGCCGGUUCAGGUAUAUCAGGAAUUUCUAGAAUAUCUGAAGACCGAUUAUGCGUCGCUCUGCGAGAAACUGGAGCCCGUUAUUGGCGUCAAGGCGAAGGAGGACAUCGCGACCGCUUUGGUGGCGGUAAUGCAGCGGGAGAAGAAGGCGCCGCAAUUUCUCGCUGACCUCGUCAUGAUGGACAUUCAUCGAAUAGACGACGAGAGACUCACGUUUCGAGGCAACUCGCUGGCGACGAAGGCGAUGGAAGCUUACUUGAAAUUGACCGGGGACAGGUAUCUGCAGGAGACACUGGGUGCCGUUGUGAGAGGCGCCGUCGAAGGUGGCGAUUGCGAGGUGGAUCCACUCAAGGUCGCUUCUGUCGCCGCGUUGCAUAAGCAACAGCAGAACCUGCGCAACGCCGUCGAGCUGGCAUGGAGCAGGAUAUUGUCGAGCCACGCUCACUUCCCGCUUGAACUGCGCGAAUGCUUCCGCAUCUUCCGCGAACGCCUGGCCGACCUGGGCCGCGAGGACAUUGCGGAUAAUCUCAUCUCCGCAUCGAUCUUCCUGAGAUUUCUCUGUCCCGCCAUUCUCAGUCCGUCUCUCUUCAACAUCACGCACGAAUAUCCGAACGAGAAAGCAGCGAGGAAUCUCACCCUGGUGGCGAAGACGCUGCAGACGCUCGCGAACUUCACGAGAUUCCAGGGCAAGGAGAACUUCAUGGAAUUCAUGAACGACCUGCUCGAGCGCGAGGCUCCGUCUAUGAAGAACUUCUUGCAACUAAUUAGCAGCCCACUGCCAAAGGACGCGCCGGCCAAUAACUCUCUCGAGUUCGACGGCUACAUAGAUCUGGGCAAGCAGCUGUCUUUGCUGCAUGCGCUUCUGCGCGAGAGCGUGACCGCGCCAAGCUCGCCGUCCGUGCCGCCGUCACGACUGCCCGAGAUCCUCGACAGGAUCUCCCUGGCGUUGGACCAACCGGGCCCGAGCCCGGUGCCCGCCGCGCAUCGUUACCCGAAUCUGCAGAACAACAUCUUCCGCUACAACGACCCGACGAUCGCCAACAGCAACACGAAUCUCUCCAUCUCGGCCACGUCGACCUUGAGUAACCACAGCACGCUGAACGGCACGAUCAGGGACAGUAACGAGGUACUGCAGACGAACACGUUGGGCCACAACAGCUCGCGUAGCCCGAACGUCGCCAGAGCGGCGACUCUACCGCGAAACGCUUACAUGCCGACGAACGGCAAGCUGCAGCUGCAGAUCAGCUCGGACGACUACCCGUUCGAGCCGCCCGCGUUCGUAUCGCGCUCGCCGACGCCGAUCACGCGGCAACACAGGCCGCUCGGGCAGAACCGCUCCGGGCCGGGUUACAGACUGACGGCCAGCGCGAGCUUGGCGAACGUGAAUCACUGCCAGGCGCACCCGACCAGCCCGACGCGCUCCGAGAGUCACAGUAACCUGAAGGAUUCCAACUACAACAUCACCUCGCCGCAGAGCAACCAGCCGAGCAACGGCAGCGUCGUCUCUCAGCAGCAGCAGCAACACCGGCAUAACAUGGCGCGCUUGCAGAGCCUCGACAUUCAUGACCGGGAGGAUAAUUACAACCAUAACAACUACAACGUCUCGAGGUCAGCCAGCCGGAAUCAUUGCCACAAGGAGGAGAACGCCAAUCAGACGCAGCAGCGCAACUACAACAACGUAUCGAAGACCACGGUGAACGCCAACGUGGUCGUGAAUCCGCCCACGAAUCUCACCCUGUCGAUCAACCAUCAGCCCAACAACAACUACAACAACACCUCCUCCAAGGCGAACAACGCGCCCGCCAACGGGAAUCUCGACGAGCUGUCCGACCUUCUGAGAUACGCGGACGACGAGGUGUCGGAGUCAAAGUCGCAGAAGGGCUCGCAGAUCUCCAUCUCGCAGCUGAGCAACGUGGCGUCGUCCGGCUAUCAGAGCUUCGCCGCUUACAGCCAGAGCUCCAGCCCGGUGGACCUCAGCAGCAACAACGCGAACCCGCAUAUCCUGAGCGCGGCGCCCCUGGCCUUCGCCAAUCCCGUCUACCACAUGGAGUCGAAUCACGCGAGGACAGGCAGGAGGGACAGCAGCAGCUCCGAGGAGAGAGAAGGCAGCGGCGGCGGUGGCGUCGAGAGCGUGAGAGGCGUCGACCUGAGCCCGUCGCCACCGCCCAAGAACAACGUGCGGAACCUUCAGAGGAAUAGUCAGAACCAGUGGCGGCAGGGCAAUCAGCCGCACAGGAACAACUCGGAGCAUACGCAGGACGUCUGCUGCACGAAGCUGAGAAGGAGGCUCUCCUUGGAUUCGACGAGGGACCUGUCCGACACCAGUGAGGAGGAGAAUUGCACCACCAGGAGGAGCAAGUCGCGCAGUCACCGAAGUAUCGAUCAGUACGAAGUGGAAAUGUACGAAGUGGAGAGGCUGCAGAAUAGCGUAGAUCGGCUGCGAUUGCGCGCGCGAUUAGGCGCCAACGAGGAUGCCGAUAUAGACCUCGCGCCGGACACCAACAUGAAGAGCAUCAUUUCCAGAUUAAUCUCCGUGGAGGAGGAGCUACGUCGCGAGCAGCAGAAGAUGUCGGCGGCGUUGUCGUACAAGCAGCGCGUGAUCGACGCGCAGGAACAGCAAAUAGCCGCCCUGGGCGCCGCGAAUUCGCGUCUGAUGUCGACGAACGCAAGCCUGCUGUCGGCGUUGAGCAAGCAACGCUACAACGCCAAGUCGCAGGCGGUCGGCGAGGCCGCGCCGUUGCUGCAGAACAUCGCUGACAUCGGCGAACUCAAGAGCUCGUCGUGUUAAGCGUGUCGUCGCCACGACCAGGAGUCGAAGACGUCGAGAAAGACGGAGGAGGAUCGACCGACGAGGAAGAAAACGGCGCGCACGCUUUUCGAGGAGAGCCUCGCGUCGUAACUGCGUUCGUAGAUGUCUCAUCUUUGAUGACGAUAUCUUCCCCGGGUGAUCGUAGGGUCUCGUGUCGUGUCGCGAAUACGGUUGACUCGUCGCAGAAUGUAAGAGCGUCUCGGCGAGAAGCGGUUCUCAGCAGCCGCCGAGCGGGUCCGCGCGGUCGCCGGAACCGUCGGCACUCCGAGGAUCAACGGAGAUCUCCGCGAGAUCGACGAUAGCGAGAGCGACGAUGACGCGGGUAGUUCCGUCGUUUGGGAGAGGAAAAGCUCGUUCGGAGAAACGGUGAAGGGUCUAUGGGUCUUCCUUGGUUGCGACCCGCUGCGUGGAUUGUACCGCGAGUCGCGCUUCAAUUCGGCGUUCACUGCCCGUCGGUAGGCGGGCUCGCUCGAUCGUUCGACACGAGCGCGGCGAGCGAGUGAUUUAACGCCGGCGGUAGUCGUCGGCAGCCGUAUUUUGCGACUUUUAACGACACGGUGUUGUCGUCAUCGUCCUGCACGUCGGCAUUGCGCGGCAUCUCUACGAUAUGUUGCGCCUGCGCGAUGACAGCGUAGCGACGAUUCGUCUUGAAAGGUGCAAAAUAGGCCCACAGGACUUGCGUCAGUCCGGAUCCUACGAUAGAUGUAGCGAGCCUUUGGCUUUUUGCCCCGAGCAGCAAAAUGUAACGUGAUUUCUGGCAAAAGGUGCUUUCCGCGCUGCCAAAAGUCGUAAUAACACUCAAAUUCGGAGAAUUGCGACGUCUGGUAGCGCUGAGAAGGUUCUUUUUCCUUCUAGAAAUUACGUUACGACAUAGUGCUUAAAGGCUAAAGGCUCACUGCAUCGUAGAUCCGGCCUCGUGAAACUGUCCGGAAAGGUUUCCGGUCGGAAGAAAUCUCCUGUUUUUCCUAGACGACGCGGUAGAAAUCUACGGAGAGUGGCGGAAUGAUUGCGCCAUCGGAAACUCCUUCGAAUUGUUUCGCAACACUUGCCCGAUUCCGCGAUCGACGCGCGGAUGAUUCUCGCGUGGAAAAAGAGGAGACGCGCGAUAGAUUGGGAGUGCGAAAGAGAGAGCGAGAAAAAAGGGGAUGAGAAAACGGUGCGUAAGAGAACGGCGAAGAAACAGAGGCUAUUUUAGUGAAUAGGCAGAGACGGACGGAGUAAGUAGGGAAUUUUCGUGGAGUUUAAUGUGACAUAGCGUUUAGGGAUAGGUUUAUUUGCCACGCGACUGAGAAGAUCCGCGACUCGUCCGAGGCCGAGAUUUGAGAAAACCGCCGUCGCCGCGAUGAUACCGCUUGAUGAACGACGACCGAUCGACUCGCGUCGCAGCGAUGGACGACGGAGUCCAAGGGCGAGAGUCUCUCGACGGCGACUUUGCUUCGUUCGGCACGAACGAAACGAAAGUGGCGACAGGACGAAAGGUAAACGGACACACGUCAACGAAAUUCGGAAGGAUAUACGCGGUGCAAAAUAAUAUGUUUACUUCGGUCGCGUCUUUUUUCUUUUUUAAUCCGAUCAAAACCCUCCAACUCCGGCUCUGAAGUCAACGAUCUUACAACAGCCGUGAAGCGACUUUGAUUCAGUAGCCAACGCAUAACCAGCGUUAUUAUAUCUGUGAUCCGGGUUUGGCUUAACAAAUGAUGAAAGAUAAACAUUUUUUGUUUUCACGUUUUUCCGCCCCCACGGGGAGCUACGCUACGCCGGUGUGCUCGGAGUUAAAGGGUUAACGAGCACGAAUUGGCGAAAGUGUCGUCUUUUUGACCAAAUAAAAUCUUUGACCAAGAUUCAUCCUCGAGCGAAGUCAUCCUUGAACAAAAAUCAUCUUUAAUAAAGAUGCGAAGGGCGAAAUAAGAGUCAGAUAUAAGAUAUUUUGUUUUGUUUUAUCGCCGGCGGAGACCUCGUUAUUUGCAGUCUACAAUUGACGUUAUGAACGCGAUAUUAAAUCGUAAGCACGAGAGAAGUUGCUUCGCUGUAUUGUUUUAAUACGCAGGUCCUUAUCGCGCAAUUUUUCAUGUACUCAAUUCAGGGCACAGCUGCUGCUCUAUUGACUUGGUAUUAAAUAGUAGUUUUUACGUAUUUCUCUUCGGUACAUCUUCUUUUUUUUAGCGUCUUUACAAACGUUUUUAUUUUGUCCAGAUGUAUCGCGGGUAAUAUGAUCGAAAACCUUGUUGAAUAAACAUCAUGUCAGUAUUUAUAAGAUCAUAAUCGCAUCUGUAGGAUAUCAUUCUCUUCUUGCUCCCGAGUUCCAUGAAGGAUUCAUAAAUUAUACCCAAAACUGUGUUCUUAGGAAACGCGGUCGGAAGACUAAGGUUCGCUUUCUGAUGCCGGUUGCGCUACGAAAAUCGACGGUCCGAAAAGGAAAGAGACCUUAUAUAAGACAUUCGACGAGCAAUGAAGUAUUUAAGCCACUAUCGACGAAUUGCGUAUAAUAUUUUCCUCAAGCGCCGUAUUCCGACCGCGACAUCCUUUAAUAUUUGUCCUUAUUUGUGUCGCGCGAAGGUCACACGAGAGCGCGAUGUUAUCUCGGAAAAUCUCGGGAAUCGAACGCGUUGAACCGCCGGAUAACACGGUCGGGACGCGGACUCGUUCACGUUUCAACGGCGUUAAUCGAAAGCAGCGUAAUUCCGACGACUCUUCAACUUUCGAGGAAAGAGAAUAGCCCGCGUCGAGUGUCGCGUUCUUUCUUCCCUUCCCCGUUUUGUGAGCAAGCGCGAGGGAUCGUCGUCGUUCGUACCGAGCGCGGUAUCUGGGAAUCCGACGAAAUUACGCCGGUGUAUCACUGGGGGCUUUCUAAUUUCGUUCGUACGUAUCCACGCACAGCCAGACGCGCUUUCGCCGUAGCGUUCGGCACGCGAGAACCGGCAGUUCGCGCACAGGUUGUUCGGCCACACUUCGCGGUAGCUCGCGUAAAUCGGUGUUCAUGUAGGAUCUUAUAUUUAAGAUCGUUUCAGGUUUAUCUUCCGAUGCUUCGUAGCCAUUGAAAUGAGCUCCAAGUAGCAAGGGACAAGGGUCAAAUAACGUCUCGAUAUUAUAAUGGAAUUUCGGCUGGAUCAUUCUUUUCGACCUACUCGUAGAUUCUCUUUUUUUCCCAUUUCUUUGGAUUAACAUCGCAGAGAAGCCUUCAUUAUCAUGAAACAAUUGAACAAUAUCAUGAAGUUCCGAGAAAUCCACGAAUAAUUAAAAUUAUCGGAACAUUACAAAAGUGAGCGGAUUUACUAGAUGUUGACCAGUGAAAUUAUACAAAUGUGUGUUCUAGUAAAUUUUCCCUCACUUUCGUAAUUCUCGCUUCGUUUUGAGAUACACGCAAUCGACCCCCUGAAGAUAAACUCGAGAUGAUCUUCAAUAUAAGAUCCACCUGUGAAUACUGUCCACAGACUCAUUGAUUUUUCCAAUUUGACGACUUGUCUCCCCGCCUCUGUACUCACUCGACGUUAAAUCGCAAACGAAUCGGGAUCUGUGCGGAUAAGUUGUUGCGCGACUUGCAUCCUCGUCGAGCGAGUCGCGGGACAGGCGCGUUCGCGAGAAGCUGUUGUAGGAGCUCUCUCUUCCGCGAGCGGGAAGAGUCGACAGAUACGCACCGUCCCGAAGACUGAACUCCCAGAGUCGGCGUUUCUCGCACGUCUUUGGAUCCCCCUCCUGCUUUUCCCCACUUCUUUUCCCUCUGGCGAGGCGCGAGCGAACCGUCGCGACUACCGUUUCGGUUCGACACGACAACCCUUACUCUGUAUAAGCGAUGAUAUUUAUUUAGUAGUGUUUACCAAAGAUGAUGAGUUUCGCAUUGUAGAGAGAGAGAAAGAGAGAGAGAGAGAGAGAUAGAGAGUGAGAGUAUCGAGAGAUUUUCUUCUUAUGUAAGAUAUUUUCUUUUAAUUUUACGUCGGCCGUUCGAUCGGUAAGCGAAUAAAGGGCGAAUGAAGAUAAACGCGCGAUUACGGUUGAGCGAGAAGAGCGGCGCGCGAAAGAGCCUGACGAAAUUCGAUGAGAACGAUCCGUACGAUCCCGUUCCGUCGACGAUCUUCUCACUCCGCGCGCCGUUCGCAGCGAGAAUCGCACACACCGAGAUUCCCAAGUCGCGCGCGCGAACCGCCCGUAAAAUAAUUCUACACGCGCGCGAACGAGCGAGCGCGUAACGCAUGACAGAUGCCUCCCCCGAGAGGUCUCGUUCGCAAGUUAGUGUGUUUACGUUUUAUUACAUCCGGUAACAACUAUUAUUAUUGUAGCCAUCGUCGUACAAUGCGUGCGUGAAAGACUGAGAGAGAAAGAGAGAGAGAAAGUGAAAAAAAGCGAGAGAGAGAGAGAGAGAGAGAGGAUGCGAAUGCGGGAGCGAAAGGUAGAGAGAAAAUGAAAGGGA